UCCAUUUAAUAUAUAAUUGCAAAUAUCAAUUUCUCAGUUUGAACUCUCUAAAUGAUUUGAUAGGAGAAUGGCGUCCCCUAGUGUAUUGUGUAAAACUCAUACAACAGAAGAUGUGAUUUUAUACUGUGACGACUGCGAACUUUUAGUUUGUAGGGAAUGUGUAAGACAGGAGCAUAAACUGCACAAUUUUUUAAAAUUCAAAGAAAAGGUAGGAGAUUCAAGAUUAUGUCUUACCGACAAUUUACUAACAUUAAAUAGCGCCCGAUUACCGAGAUUGCGUGAAAAUUUGCAAGAUGUUAUUUCGCUGCAAGAAACAAAAGAACACGAUACUAAAGACAUGCUGACAGAAAUAGUAUCAAGAGCAGACAAAAUGAUUGAAAAUAUAACACUAAUUCGCGAAAAACUGAUGAACAGGAGUGAACUCCUACACGAAAAAAACUUAACAGUUAUAGAAAAGAAAAUUGCACAAAUUAACGCCCGAAUAGAUAUUUUUGAACGUGCUGACGCUUUUGCAAAAGGAGCUCUUGAACAUGGCUUUGAUGAAGAAAUUAUCCACGAAGAUUUAGAAUUGAGAAGACAACUUCAUAACUUCCAACCCAUUAAUAUUUACGAAGAUAUCGAUCGCCCCAUUUAUGUUGACGGAGAUUUGAAUGAACUUGUUUUAAAGCAAAUGUUUGGAACAGUUUUAUCGGAAAUCAGAGAUUUGUCUAAUGAAGAUAAUAAACGUCCUGCACUUAAAGUUCAGAAAAUUUCGAUGUUUGUUUGUGGUAAUGAAGAUAUAGUUGGGAUUUGUGCAAUCAAAAGUGAUGUGGCAUGGCUGCAUCCAAAGAAAGGAAGUAGAAAUACACUGGUCAAUGUAAAUGGUCAUCAAAUGUCAUCCCUUGAUUUCGGUUUUGUCGUUACCUCCUUGACACUAUCAAAGAAUGGCAAAAUUUACAUGACGGACUAUUCAAUAAACCGUAUAAUUUCAAUGGACUCUUCGAAGAAGUUUCAUACCGAAAUAACACUUUCUCUGCAUCCUAUUGGUAUAAUCGUCUGCUCCGACGAAGACAUUUUGAUAUGCCUAACCGAUGAAUGGAUUUAUAAUACCACAUCAAAGAGUCAAAGAAAAGUAGUUCGAAUGACAAAGGAAUUCAAGGAGAAAGUAACCUUUGAGUUAGAUGAACAGGGUGAGAAUAUAUUCACUCUUCCAAUAGCUGUAGCCGAAAACCUGAAUGGUGACGUUUGUGUUGUCGAUAAGAUUGCAAGCGAUAAAGGGCGUGUAUGUGUUUUGUACGAUACAGGCAAACUACGUUUUGUUUAUGAGCAUAGAGGAGCUAGUAUGCCAUUUGACCCAUCUUCCGUCUGUUGUACAAGGUAUUCAAACAUUGUUAUCGCUGAUCCUGCUAACAACGUUGUAGAAAUAGUUUCAGAUGGUGGCGAGUUUUUACAUUUCCUGAUAACCGAGAAAGGUGGUUGCAUUAUGCCGAUAUCUUUAGGGAAAGACCCAGAUGACAGAAUAUGGAUAGGAUGUGGGAGUGGAAAGUGUAUUAUUCUCAAAUACAGAUAUGGUUUACCGAAAUAAUACCAUUAAUAACAAGUAAACAUGUAAGGGAUGCUGCUGGAAUUAACUUAAAUAUCGUUUUUUAAUAUUUCCCUUACAUGCGCAACUCACGUGUUACUGUUUUUGGAAACGUACAUGUACUAUGUUUGAACUAUUAUAAAUAUGAUUUGCAAACAUUAAAGUUUUAUGUUUAUUA